AUGCCCCUUUCUGUCCUCCGCCUACCUCCGCGACCACGACCCGCAGCUGCUCCCGCGCCGCCUUCCCCACCCCCCAUUAGCCUCUCUAUCUCCCCCCCCCCCCCACCACCCCCCCCUCCCCCCCAGUACACACCGGUCCCCCCCCAUCUCUCUCUCCACCUGUCCCACCUCCGUCCUUCUCCCACCCCCCUUCGCCCCUCGGCAUGCUUCACCCCCCCUCUCCGUCUCCUCCCCAUUCUCUACCGCAGCCACCCGGACUCUCCCUUUCCCCCCUCACGCCUCUCCGUCCCCCCCCGCCCCCCCCUUCCGACCACCGCGCCCUCCCCCACACCGCCCUCCCUCCCCUCAACCCCCCUCAACUCCCCAUCACCCCCCCCUCGGCCAUUUGAGACUCUGUCCUCCCCCUUUCCCCCACGUCUUCCGCCCCAGGUUCCCUCCCCCAAUCCUCCGCCCCGCUACGCGUACUUCCUUCUUUCCUCUGAACUCGACACUCCUCUUCUUGCCCCCUGCCACUCACCACCAUGUUAUUCUCCCCCAUCCUCCCUCAUCCCCCCUCUUGCCCCCCGCUGCCCCCCCUUCCCCGCCUCCACCCCCACCCCCACCCUGCAUGUCCCUUGCCCGUUCCCUCUCCGUGCCCCCUCCCUUCCCGUACGCACUUGCUCCUCCAGGCCCGGCCUGCCCCCUCUCUAUCCUGCCGUCUGCCGCCCCCUCCUCGGGCACCUGCCCCACUUCUUCCACCCAUGUGUCCCUUCCACCCCCCCCGUGCUCGGUGUGUUCCCCCGCCCCCCUCCCCCCCUUGGCGAUCUCUGCCUGCCCCCCCCGCCCUCCUCUAGGUCGACGCACUCUCUCAUGUUUUGCGCCAGUUCUGGCGCCCCCCUCCCCUCCGUCUCGGUCCCUCACCGCUCCUCUCUCCAGCAUCCCGUCCGACCCCCCACCCAUACCCGGUCCCGCUUCGCCGUCAUCCGGCGCUCCAUGUCCCCUCCCCCCCACCCUAUCCCCUCCCCCCCUCCCCCCCCCUCCGGCUCUCUCUGGCCCCCGCCCCACUCUCCCCCUCCCUCCUCUCCCCCCCUCCCCACCCCCUCCCUCGCCCCGUUCCACCCCUCCCCAUUCCUUACCGCCUCCGCGUCCCUGCACCCCCCCUUCCUGCGCUAUGCCUGCCCCCCCUCCCAUUUUCCCUCCGCUCGACCGCCCGCCCCACGGUCGCCCCCGGCCGUCCCCGUACCCAGUCGACCCACCGCGCGCGGCUCUACGGUUCUCAACGGCUCUACCCUCCACUUCCUCCCGCUCUUCAUCUCUCUACCCCCCUCCUACAUCCCACUCCUACCCGGGCCUCCACUCCCACCUCGCCCCCGUCCCGGCUAUCUCUCCCGCUGCUCCCGUCUUCCUCCCAGCAGCCCCCCCAAUCCUCGACCUUACCCCCGCCCCCCGCCUACUAGGUCCUCCACCCCCCCAAUCUCUCCCACCCGUCCGCCCUCGUCACUCCCCCCAUCCUCUCUCAUUCUCUCCUACCCUCGGUCCCCCGGUGAGCCCUCCCCCCCCUCCGCCUCGCUCGCCUCUCUACCGUCAGGCUACUCCCUUCCGUCUCCCCAACCCCAACCUCUUCCAGGGGGGCAUGGUCAUUGCCCGCUUCUUCCAUAUCUCCCCCCCCCCCCCAACCCACACCCCUCCGCCCUCCCACCCCCCUCGCUAAUCCCUCCCCUGCCCACCCAUCUACGCGCGCUCGUUCCCCUCCCUUUGGGUGCUCCCUUCGCUUUCCUCCCCCACCCCCCCACCCAACUCCCUCCCUCCCCACUACCCCAACGGCCCCUCCCCCCCCCUCCCUGCUUCAAUAGACCUGCUAUGCUCUUCCCCGCCCCUCAACAACCUCCUUCCUCCCCACUACCCUUCAACCGACCCCGCCCACCCCCGCCCCUCCGCCGAUCCUCUUUCACCCGCCCUCCGCUGCCUCCGCCACCUCCCGUUACCCUACCCUCAUCGCCCCCCCGCUCUCCACUCCCCCGCGCUUCUCCUCUCGCCCCCCCUUGCCGACCCUCCCCAUCCCUACCCUCUUCCCCGGAGCCCCGCCUCCCCCGUCCUGCUCCCCCCUCCCCAUCCUCCCCCCCUCACCCCCAUGCACGAGGUCUCCAUUACCCCCCACCUUUCUCCAUCCCGGACACGUCGCCACCCAUCCUCCGCUACCUGCUCCCCGCCGAACCCACUCUCAGGGCCCCCCCGACUCCAUUCUCCCCCCCUUAUUGA